GAGAGAGGGAAAGGAAAAAGAAAGAGGGAGCAGGAGAGAGAGAAAAAGAGAAAGAAAGAAAGGGAAAGGAAAGGAAAGGAGGGAAGAGAGGCGGGGAGGCAUCCCCGGCUCCGCAUUCGCCGCCUCCCGGCCACUGGCGAGCUAGUCCCCGCCUCGCCAGCUCCGCGAAAAAGGGGGUUAUGCAAAUCCCGGAUGAGAUCAGCCGCGAGCAACUGGCUGCCAACUCCGGAGCGCCGCUCCCUCCCUCUCCAGUUACGUGCCGGGGGGCAGCGGGACGGGGCGCUCUCUCGGCAGGACCGGUUCCCACGUCUCUCUCCCGCCCGUGCAGCUCUCCACCGCCGCGGGCGGCCGGGACCAAGAGCCGGAGGUGGUCUCGGCGGAACGGAUUCCUGGGUUUUCCAGCCGUUCGCGAGCUGGUAGGAUUUUAACGCCCCGCUGUUGAGAGAAGAGGCGAGGAAAAGGCAUGAAAGCUCAGUUAUUGAUGUAACCAGUCCACUGGUCGGAGGUAGGAUGGGACCCAGGACGCUUUGCCUUUUGCUGUUGAUCUCUGUAGGGGCCUCGGAGUUGGAAGAGCACUUUGAUCCAGCUAAGUGUCGGUAUGCGCUUGGCAUGCAGGAUCGGACCAUCCCAGAUGAAGCUCUCUCGGCCUCGAGUUCAUGGUCUGAUUCAACAGCUGCAAAACACAGCAGGCUGGCCCUGAGUGAUGGCGAUGGAGCUUGGUGUCCUGAAAGACCCGUCUAUCCCAAUGAUGCAGAAUACCUGGAGGUAGACCUGCGCCGACUGCAUUUCCUGACCUUGGUGGGGACACAGGGCCGCCACGCAAGUGGUCACGGCAAGGAAUUUGCUCGCUCCUAUCGGCUCCAUUACAAGCGGGAUGGGCACCAAUGGAUGCCUUGGCGUGACCGGUGGGGAAAUGAGGUGAUUUCAGGCAAUGAAAACACAGAUGACGUGGUGUUAAAGGAUCUGGGCCCUCCCAUCAUUGCCCGCUAUGUCCGUUUCUACCCCCGUUCAGACCGGGUCAUGAGUGUCUGCUUGCGAGUGGAACUCUAUGGCUGUGUUUGGAAAGAUGGCCUUCAAUCCUAUACGGCCCCUUUAGGUCAGGUGAUGCCUUUGGUCCCGGACCCAGUCUACCUGAACGACUCCACUUACGACGGGUCCAGUGUCAGCAACAGGUUACACUUUGGGGGUCUUGGCCAGUUGACGGAUGGAGUGGUGGGACUGGAUGACUUCACCCAAACCAAAGAGUUGCGUGUGUGGCCUGGAUAUGACUACGUAGGCUGGAGUAGGCGGUCUUUUCCUGAGGGUUUCGUCAAGAUGGAAUUUGAGUUUGACCAACUCAGAUCCUUCACAUAUAUGAAGGUUCACUGCAGCAAUAUGUACACACAUGGCGUGAGAGUCUUCCAUCAGGUGGACUGCCUCUUCAAGCACAGCCUUGCCACCGCUUGGGAGGCUGACCCUGUCUCCCAACAGUAUUCGGUGAACGUCGGGGACCCCAGUGCCCGCUACUUCACUGUGCCCCUGGGUGGCCGGAUCGGCUUGUUUGUCCAGUGCCAUUUUUACUUUGACAGCGAGUGGAUGCUCUUCAGCGAAGUUGCCUUUCUCUCAAAUGUUGUGGAUGACCCCUCUCUUCCUGUUUCAAGUCACUACCCCCCAAUGGUGGCCCCACCUCACCCUUCAGGCCGUAACCUUCCCAUCUCUCCGGCUCUUGAUUCCUCACUCAGUGACAAGGCCGAUGUCACCUCGAACCUCACCCAGGCAGAUCUUGAGGGCGAAGCGAAAUCUGGCCAGCCAAUCGCAAAGGACGACAGCAGCAACACCUCCAUCUUGAUUGGAUGCCUGGUGGUCAUCAUCCUCCUUCUCCUGGUUGUCAUCUUUCUCAUUCUCUGGCGUCAAUAUUGGCAAAAGAUUUUAGGAAAGGCUCAACGGCGCAUCUCUGAUGAUGACCUCACCGUCCACCUCUCUGCACCGAACGAUACUAUUGUCAUCAACAACACAAUGGGCUCCAACAGGCACUCCAACCGAUAUGAACGCAUCCUCUCAGGAGAGACAGAAUACCAGGAACCCAACAGGGCACGGAUGAAACUCCCAGAUCUUCCUCACAGUGUUGAGAAUUCGGCUCUGCUGCUCAGCAACCCGGCUUACCACCUCCUCCUGGCCACCUAUGCCCAGCCAAUGGGAAGGCCUGCUUUCCCGCCACCCAGCCAGGUUAAGCCAAUCAACACCAAUGCCUGCGGGAUCGACUACACGGAACCAGAACUGGCUGCCAGCCAGCCAAUUUUCCAGAACAGCGUGCCACAUUACGCCGAAGCCGACAUCAUCAACCUGCAGGGAGUGACUGGGGGGAACACAUACGCUGUCCCUGCUGUCGCGGUGGAUGCCCUUGCUGGCAAGGACAUGGCAGUGGGUGAAUUUCCCCGGGAACGGCUGAUCUUCAAGGAGAAGCUAGGUGAAGGGCAGUUUGGAGAGGUCCACCUGUGUGAGGUGGAGAACCCUCAAGAUCUACUAAGCUUGGAAUUCCCUUUCAACGUGCGCAAGGGGCGCCCUCUGCUGGUUGCUGUGAAGAUUCUACGCUCGGAUGCCACCAAGAAUGCCAGGAAUGAUUUCCUGAAAGAGGUGAAGAUCAUGUCUCGCCUGAAGGACCCUAACAUUGUGAGAUUGCUGGGUGUGUGUGUGCGGGACGAUCCGUUGUGUAUGAUCACCGAGUACAUGGAAAAUGGGGACCUCAACCAAUUCCUGAGUGGCCAUGAGCUGGAAGACAAGAUGGGUGGCAGCCCCAGUGGGAGACCAACAAUCAGCUAUCCCACUCUGGUCCAUCUAGGGGCUCAGAUAGCCUCAGGGAUGGCGUUCCUUGCCUCCCUCAAUUUUGUGCACCGGGACUUGGCAACCCGAAACUGCCUGGUGGGCGAAGGCUUCACCAUCAAGAUCGCCGACUUCGGCAUGAGCCGGAAUCUCUAUGCUGGAGAUUAUUAUCGCAUCCAGGGCCGAGCCGUGCUCCCGAUCCGCUGGAUGGCUUGGGAGUGCAUUCUCAUGGGCAAAUUCACCAUGGCCAGCGAUGUUUGGGCAUUUGGCGUUACGCUCUGGGAGAUCCUCAUGCUGUGCCAGGAACAGCCAUACAGCCAGCUCACGGAUGAAGCUGUAAUCGAGAAUGCCGGCGAGUUUUUUCGGCAUCAGGGCAAACAGAUCUAUCUCUGCCGUCCACCUGCCUGCCCCUUGGCUGUCUACGAGAUGAUGCUGAGAUGCUGGACACGAGAGGCCAAGGAUCGCCCAUUGUUCCAACACCUGCACUGCUUCCUGGCUGAGGAUGCCCUCAAUAUGGUGUGAACCAGACCAGCACUGGCCAAUCGGAGGCUGUGUUAAGAAGUUGGACAGCACCAUAGAGACUGCUGGAGACUGGAUGUGGCUCAGAGGCCCUCAUGCUCGGUAGCAUUUUUGUGGGACAUCUGGUUGUUCACUCUGGCCGAGCCUUUGCUCAUCCAAAUCUCACCGUUCACCCUCCAAUGUGUAGUUUUCUUUCUACCCUUGUUUUCUUUUUUGCCUGGUCAUCUCUAAUUAACUUAUUCCAUCACAUGAUUCAAAACUGUUAUUCUGAGAUUCUUACCCACUGUGUUAACUCAUAUUUCUCCUUGUCCUAAACCGGUCUGUUUCAGCUUUAAACCAACUUGGUGCCUUCCUGGUGUGUCUAGAAACUACAUUUCUCAAAGGUUUUUUUUUUAGUAUUUAUCAACCCCAGAGUAAGGAGUCAAGGGCCCUCCAUGUGUCUAGGCUGUUCCAAAUUCCAUCAAGAACAUUUGCAGCAAAGGACAGUUGUAAGUCCAAAACAUCUGGAGAACAUGAGAUUGCCUGCAGCCAGAGAUCAUCAUGUUGACCAGAAAGUCUCAGUUCCAGUCUUAACACAUCUGGGAGACACUCAGGCAAGGAAGCUGCUCGGUCAAACGUAGCCCAAUUCAUCUGGCCAUAAUUUGAACAAAUAUUUCAUUACUUGGUUCUUCCAAAUGUUUUUUUUUUCUUGCAUCAUUCUAGGUCUUUCGUCUGUCUUUUGAUCUCCAGGUUUUCAGGGUGAGCUAAGGAAGCAGGGUUAGUGGCUCAGGCAGUGUUUCUCAAC